AUGCCUCGUGUUUCAUUCGCCCCUCCCUCUCUGUGCCUUACCGUCUUCCCUCUGCUGAACCGCCUCCUCCCUUCCCUCCCCCCCACGGUCCGGGAUACGGACGUCCCCCCUCUGUUCCGGGAGCGGUUCAUCCUGUCGGGGUACCGUCCCGUGGGCCUGUCGUGGCGUUGUUAUGUCCUCAGUCUGUUCCAGAUCCACAACGAGACACUGAACGUGUGGAGCCACCUGCUGGCUGCCGUCUGCGUGGUGAUGAGGUUCAUGAUGUUCACCGUCCUGCAGGGGGGGGGGAUCCUGGGUUUUCAGCUGCAGGGUCCCGAGGGACAGGGGUUUUCUGUGGACGUAUCGUCGCUGCCUCUGGUCCUCUAUGUCUUCUCAGCUGUCACAUACCUGAGCUUCAGCGCUGCAGCUCACCUGUUGCACUCCCACUCGGAGCAAGCCCAUUACUCACUCUUCUUCCUGGACUACGUGGGCGUGGCCAUCUACCAGUACGGCUGUGCCCUGGCUCUGUGCCUGUACAGCUCUGACACCGCCUGGACACAAAGCAUGCUGGGACAGAACUUCCUCCCGGCCGCUGCCCUCCUCGCCUGGUUCUGUUGCACCACCUGCUGCUAUGCCAAGCUUCAUUUCCGCCGACCAUACCCGCUGCACAGGAAGCUCUGCCAGGUGGUCCCGAUGGGUGUGGCCUACCUGCUGGACAUCAGCCCUGUUGCCCACCGCCUCGCCACCUACAGCUGGACGAGCAACUCUGCACUGCCUCUGCACUUCCUGCAGGUGGUGCUGUUCCUGCUGUCAGCCUUCUUCUUCUCUUGCCCUGUACCUGAGCGUUUCUCUCCCGGGCACUAUGACAUCGUCGGCCACGGCCACCAGCUCUUCCACAUCGUGUUGUCUCUCUGCACGCUCGCCCAGCAGGAAGCGCUGUUCCAGGACUUUUUGUGGCGACGGCCAGCGCUGAUCAGGGAAUUUGGAGAGGAGCGCCUCCUGCUGGCCUGCGCCUCUUUCCCCUGCCUGAUGCUCUGCUGCGCCGUGACGGCGCUCACCAUGACAAAGAGAGCUAAAACACAACUGAUGAAAGAGCAAAGACAGAAGAAGAAGACGACAUCCUGAGGGAUUGACUUUGGACAAAUGAUAUUUUUUGAAGAUGUCUGCUCCUCGGGGCAAAAGCUCAUCAUAAUGUUCCUGCACUGAUCUGGAUUUUCUGGUUUGAGU